AUGCAGAUUGGGCUCGCGCAGCGGCCAGUCAGGGCCACAAGUAGGCGCAUCGUCAAUGGAGCCUCGCCAAGUGCCAGGCAUGGUGUCCCGCACGGCCUCUUGAGCGGGGUCCGCCGGGCUGCCCCGAGCGCGGACACCGGUGCUGGUGCCAACAGCGCCGCGUUUGAGAGCGCAGCCAAGGCCGCCUUGGUUGCGCCUUUCCUGCUGAUCGCCGCCGCCAGCUGCAGCAGCCCGGCCCAUGCGACCGGCGUCCCGGCUGACGUCAAGGCCCAAGCCCAGGCAACCCCGGAGGUAACGGUCUACGAGCAGGCCGCCCCGGUCCCCAGCGCGGCUGCUGCAGCGCCGCUGGCGUCAGCCUCGGCCGCCCAGCCCGGCCCUGGCGGCCUCCUCGCACGCCGCGAGGCCCGCGCCGGACUGCUGGCGGCAUCGCUCCUCGGCGUUGUCCUCUUUGCCGCCUCCAAGCGCGGCGGCGGCCCCGCCGCGCCCGCUGCGGCUGCAACUGCCGACGCGGCGACGGCCGACGCCGCGCCGCCGGCGGCCGACGAGGCCGCGGCGCUUGCGGAGGCUGUCGAGCGCGCGGCGGAGCAGGUGGCGCGCGCGGCGGAGUCCGUCAAGGCGUCGUUCGACGAGGAGAGCGCUGACGGGGAGGCGGCGGCGGCCGGCGGCGCGCUGCCGCUUGUGGCGGAGCCGUGGGCGGCAGCGGUGUCCAGCAACGGGGCCCAUGCUGAGGUGCGCUUGCAACAGGGCAGGCUGGGAGUCAGGGCGACGUUUUCGCUCAUGGCGAAGCUCAGCAUCGAUACCGUUUGA